AUGGCACCGCCAAAAUCUACAGCUCCAAAGCUACCCAGUAGUCUUCUUCAGCAAUUGGGAAUCGAAGAUGGUGGUGGAAAUGGAGGUCGAGGGCGUAAACGUCUCGGACGUAAAGAAAUGCGCAAAGCGGAAAGACAAGAGAAGAAGCAGAGUAGAUCCCAGUCCUCUAGGCCUCCUCCGCAAAAACGAUUGAAGUCACAACAUCCUAAGUAUAAUCAUGUCGACAGUGAUGACGAGGAAGAUGAAGAUAUUGAACCGCUUGACGCGAAGGUUGUCCCAGAAUCAAAACAAGACGAUAGCCCAAAACCGAAAUCCAUAUUGAAAACGACGAAGAAAGCAGACCCCAAACCAGCGAAGGCACCCCUUAAGGACGAUGUGAACACCGAAUCAAGGAUAGGAAAGAACAUUUCGAGGGCUGUCAAGGAUAAAUUGGCGGAAGACGAUGACGAGAUCGCCGCUCUGGAGAAGAAAUUGGGAUUGAAAGGGAAGAAGAAAGGUCUACCAAAAUCAUUCCAAGAGGAUGGGUUAGAUGAUCUUCUGGGUGAUCUGGAUGCCUUAGACGAGAGCGAAGAUGAGGAAGUACAAGACAAGAAAAAAGGAAAAGCGGAGGCAAAUGACUGGCUUCAGCGCAAAAGAGCAGAAGCCCGAAAGCGAGCAAGGGGCAAUGAAAGUUCCGAGGACGAAGAAGAGGACGAAGACGACGAGAUGAUGGAUGAUGAUGACGACGAAGCGUCUGAUAUGUCAAUGGAGGAAGGUGAUUUCUCGGACGGCGAUUCAGGUGACGACGAUGAGGGUACAGCUGAGGACGACUUCGAAGGUUUUGGUUCGGGGAGUGAUGAAGACGCCCCCCCGAAGCCAAAAGUCCGCGAAAACCCGUACGUGGCACCUGUGUCUGCAACUGCAGCAUCCACUGGAAAAUAUAUCCCACCUUCAUUACGAAAAGCAUCUUCUUCAGAUUCUGAAGAUUUAGUGCGUCUGCGGCGACAAACUCAAGGUCUGGUCAAUAGGUUGACAGAAGCCAAUCUAUUAUCCCUCCUUGGAGACAUAGAAAAAUUGUAUCGGACCAAUCCCCGUCAACACAUGACUUCCACCCUCAUCGAUCUGCUCCUGACAUCUGUUUGCGAACCAACGACUUUACCCGACACUCUUAUAAUCCUCCCCGCGGGAUUCAUUGCCGCAGUAUACAAGAUUAUUGGUACCGAUUUCGGUGCUCAGGUAGUUCAAAGAAUAGUUGAACUGUUUGACGAACACUAUGCGCGUAUACUAUCACUAAAUCAAGAAUCCUCGACAUCCGUUCCCGACAGCAAGGAAACUACCAACCUGAUAGCUCUACUUUCAGAAUUGUAUAACUUUCAAGUAGUGGGUAGCAGCCUCAUUUUCGAUUACAUCAAGCUCUUUUUAGAUACACUAUCGGAACAGAAUGCCGAGCUUCUUUUAAAAAUUGUGCGCAUCUCAGGUCCUCAAUUACGACAAGACGACCCUUCAGCACUAAAAGAUAUUGUUACUAUGCUUCGGCCUGCCGUCCAAAAAGCUGGUGGCGAAGAUAAAUUGUCCGUGAGGACAAAGUUCAUGAUUGAAACCAUCAACGAUCUCAAAAACAACAAAAUGAAAACUGGGGCUGUUGCUUCUGCUGUCACCUCAGAGCAUACAAUUCGAAUGAAAAAAACACUAGGAACGCUGAAUACUCGAAGUAUAAAAGCUAGCGAACCCCUGCGCAUUGGUCUAAAAGACAUUAGAGAUUCGGAUAAAAAGGGGAAAUGGUGGUUGGUUGGUGCGAGUUGGGCAGGUAAUGCCGAUGACGAGGAAGAUUCCACAUCAAAAGUUAAAAGCACCAGAGAAGUUAAAGAUGUAGAUGCAGGGACCUCUGAUCUCGUUCAACUUGCCAGAGAGCAACGUAUGAACACGGACAUUCGCCGAGCUGUAUUCAUCACCAUUAUGUCCGCCUCAGACUACCAAGACGCAUAUCUACGAUUGAUGAAAUUGAAAUUAAAAAAGGUACAGGAACUCGAGAUACCGAAAGUCUUGAUACAAUGUUCCGGCGCAGAAAAAAUGUACAACCCGUACUACACAUUGAUAGCAAAGAGAUUAUGUGGUGAUAGAAAGCUCAAGAUGGCCUUCCAAUUCAGUUUGUGGGAUCUUUUCAAGAAAAUGGGCGAAACAAAUGACGACGAUGAUGAAGAUUUUGAAGAGGAUACUGAGCUGGACACGAGGCACAUUGUCAAUCUGGCCAAGAUGUUUGGUACGUUGAUGGCAGAAGGUGGACUUGGACUUAACGUUCUCAAGAAUCUAAAUCUCAGCUAUCUACAAGCUAAGACGAAAACUUUCUGUGAGGUUCUCUUUAUCACUAUUAUUCUUCAAACUCAGAAAGCAUCGAAAGAGAGUCGAGAUACGAAAGCAAUGGCAAAUCUGUUCUCGAGGGUGAAGGAAACGCCUCAGAUGAUAACUGGGCUGCAAUAUUUCUUAAAGAAGGUAGUAGGCAAGACGGAUAUAGCAGGAGGAAAGGCUGAAAAGGAUAUCGUCAAAUGGGGUUGUAAGGUUGCUGGAGAUACACUUCAGGCAUUGCUUAAUGCAGAUACCCCCAGGUAG